AUGUGGUAAAGUGGCCAUCUUGUCACCUGCACAGUAUAUAGUGCCUUAAAAAAUGGGGUUUGGAAGUGACCUGAAGUAUUCUCAUGAUGCUUUAUUAAAACUGCAAGAUUGGGAACUACGCCUGCUCGAAACAGUGAAGAAAUUUAUGGCCAUGCGAGUAAAAAGCGAUAAAGAGUAUGCCUCCACUUUACAGAAUCUUUGUAAUCAAGUAGAUAAAGAGAGUACUUGCCAACUGGAUUAUAUCAGCAAUGUGUCCAAGUCUUGGUUGCUCAUGGUACAGCAAACAGAACAACUGAGCAAAAUAAUGAAGACGCAUGCAGAGGAUCUUAAUUCUGGUCCUUUGCAUAGGCUUACAAUGAUGAUCAAAGAUAAGCAACAAGUGAAGAAGAGUUAUGUUGGUGUUCAUCAACAAAUCGAAGCAGAGAUGUACAAGGUCACGACGACAGAACUGGAGAAACUAAAAUCUAGCUAUAGGCAAGUAAUGAAAGAAGUGAAUACUGCCAAAGAAAAGUAUAAAGAAGCUGUGGCUAAAGGAAAGGAGACCGAAAAAGCCAAAGAUCGGUGUGAUAAAGCUACUAUGAAGCUUCAUGUGUUGCAUAAUCAAUAUGUAUUGGCACUGAAAGGUGCACAGUUGCAUCAGCACCAAUACUAUGACACGACACUUCCGCUGUUACUUGAUUCAUUACAGAAGAUGCAAGAAGAAAUGAUUAAAGCCCUGAAAGGGAUCUUGGAUGAGUAUAGCCAAAUCACUAGCCUCGUAACAGAAGAGAUUGUGAACGUCCAUAAGGAGAUCCAGACCUCUGUUGAACAGAUAGACCCUAACUCCGAAUAUAGUGACUUCAUAGAAACUCACAGGUCAUCAGAAAUUGUUGAACAAGAAAUAGAGUUUGAUACAUCUUUGCUAGAAGAAAAUGAAAAUCUUCAAGCUAAUGAGAUCAUGUGGAAUAAUCUAACAGCAGAAAGUUUACAAGUCACGUUAAAAACGGUAAUAGAAGAGCUGAUACAGACACAGCAGACACUUUUGAGCAAAGAGGAGCUUGUGCUGGAAUUAGAGAAGAAAAUAGAAGAAUCUUCUAAAACUUGUGAAAAGAAGUCAGAUAUGGUACUUUUGCUGAGCCAAAAGCAAGCACUGGAAGAACUCAAGCAAACAGUUCAGCAAUUAAGAUGCUCUGAGGCAAAAUUUGCAGCACAAAAAGAACUACUGGAGCAAAAGGUUCAAGAGAAUGAUGGGAAGGAGCCACCACCUGUAGUGAAUUAUGAAGAAGAUGCCAGAUCAGUCACUUCUAUGGAUAAGAAGGACAAAGUCUCAAGGUUUGACACUAUUCGUCACUCUAUAGCUGGAAUUAUAAGAUCUCCAAAAUCCAUGCUGGGUUCAUCAUCGUUCUUUGAUGUAAUAUCAACCACUGAAAAACCAUUGGCAGAGCAAGAUUGGUAUCAUGGUGCAAUUCCAAGAAUAGAAGCCCAGGAGCUGUUAAAACAGCAAGGAGACUUCUUGGUGCGAGAGAGCCACGGGAAACCUGGUGAAUAUGUCCUUUCUGUGUUUUCAGAUGGACAACGGAGGCACUUUAUCAUACAAUAUGCUGAUAAUCAGUAUCGUUUUGAAGGAACUGGCUUUCCAACUAUUCCUCAGCUCAUAGACCAUCACUACACAACAAAGCAAGUCAUUACAAAGAAAUCUGGUGUUGUUCUACUGAAUCCUGUGGUUAAGGAUAAGAAAUGGGUCCUAAAUCAUGAAGAUGUCACACUGGGGGAAUUACUGGGCAAAGGUAAUUUUGGUGAGGUAUAUAAAGGAACAUUGAAGGAUAAGACUCCUGUUGCUGUAAAAACUUGUAAAGAAGACCUUCCUCAGGAACUGAAAAUAAAAUUUCUGUCAGAAGCCAGAAUACUCAAACAAUAUGAUCAUCCUAAUAUUGUAAAACUUAUAGGAGUUUGCACACAACGGCAACCUAUUUAUAUUGUUAUGGAACUUGUUCCAGGAGGAGAUUUCCUGUCCUUUUUAAGAAAGAAGAAGGAUGAGCUAAAAACUAAACAAUUAGUGAAAUUUUCAUUAGAUGCUGCUUCUGGUAUGGCAUAUCUCGAAUCUAAAAACUGUAUACAUAGAGACCUGGCUGCAAGAAACUGUUUGGUCGGUGAAAGCAACAUUUUGAAAAUAAGUGAUUUUGGGAUGUCUCGUCAGGAAGAUGAUGGAGUAUAUUCAUCUUCAGGCUUAAAGCAGAUUCCUAUCAAAUGGACUGCUCCAGAAGCUCUCAACUAUGGGAGAUACACAUCUGAGAGUGAUGUGUGGAGCUUUGGCAUCCUUUUGUGGGAGACCUUCAGUCUAGGAGUGUGCCCGUACCCUGGAAUGACCAACCAACAAGCACGAGAACAAGUGGAAAAAG